CCAUGAGUCAGGACUUUGAAGCUCCUCUGGAGAGCUCUCUCUUCUCAUUGCUGUCUGUUGUGGGCUGGAGGGUACUACUAAGGAAUCAGGGGUUCUAUCAAGCAGCAAGAAGCUACCUGGCUUAAGCCUUUUUCCCUUCCCAUUGAGAACUCCCUGCAAGUAUACAGCCGACCAGGGCAUGUUACCUCCAGGCUGAUCGUUAGGAAAAGAACAAGAACUACAGAAGAAGAGGGACAAGAGCCAAAAGGGAAUGGCAGCUCAGAGCCAGGAGGACUAUGAAAAUUAUAUUCAGACGAAACUUGAUGUUGAGGCGUAUGAAGACCGGACACUGAAACACUCCAAUAUGUCACUUGCAACCCAAAGCAGAGGCGGAAGCCAGUCUGGGUGGUGGAACAGAGCCUUACCCUUUGCUGAGAGGAGCAUUAGACCUUGGUCAUGGAGUCUCCUCCGUCAUUCCUCCUGGCCUGGUCACCGGGGAACAUAUAACCUGAGUAAGAGAAGGAGGAUGGAGAGGGUGUCCCAGGGGAAGGCAGGACACUAUCAGAGGCAUGAGGACAGUGGACCAAGUGUCUCCUCCCCUGAGGAGGGGCCAGGGAGUGUGAAGGCUGCCCGACCAUCAGCCUCUCAGAAAGCGACCCAUGAGGCUUAUGUGGAACUUCACGAACUGGUCAUGGACGAGAACAAUGAGAUUCGCUGGAUGGAAGCUUCUCACUGGCUCAAAUUGGAGGAGGACUUUGAGGAGAUGGGGCAUUGGGGCAGACCUCACCUUUCAUAUCUGACUUUCCAAAGCCUUCUGGAGCUGCGCCGGGCUUUUUCCAAAGGAACUUUCCUACUAGACCUGCCAGAGAGGAAUCUAGCUGGGAUUGCCAGUCAGGUGCUUGACCAAAUGAUCUACAAAGGGCAGCUCAAGCCAGAGGACCGAGAAGUGGUCUUACGAUCACUCCUACUUCAGCACAGUCACCCUGACGAAUCCACUUCAUUAGGCACUCUUUCUCCUGCACGGCUGCAACGGACUGAUGCCAAAGACUCAGCACAGCCUCUUUUGAAGGAGCAUCACCAAAUUGAGAUGAAGUCCUUUUUGAGCAGCUCCGAGCAGGAAGACCCAAGUAGUAGCGGUUUUAAGAAGCAGCUUUCAGAGAAGAUCUCACCUGAUUCGGAAGCCACACUGGUCCUGGUUGGCUGUGCCACCUUUGUGGAGCGCCCCACUCUGGCCUUCGUACGCUUGAAGGAUGCUGUGGAGCUGGAUUACGUCUUGGAGGUCGCCGUGCCUGUCAGGUUCCUUUUCGUGGUUCUGGGUCCAGAUCCCCCCCACACCAACUAUCAUGAGAUUGGAAGAGCUAUCUCAACAAUGAUGUCUGAAAGGGUGUUCCGUAAUGACUCCUACUUGGCAGAGGGAGGACAAGAUCUGGUGAAGAGUGUGGAAGGUUUUCUGGACUGUUGCAUUGUCCUCCCGCCCUCUGAUAUCCACAGUGAAAAACUCCUCAAGUCGUUGUUGCCCGUGCAGAAGGAGCUCCUACGGAAGAGGUACCAGCCUGUGGAGAAGAAGCAGCCAGAGGCAGAGCUCAUAAAGGAGCUAGAGAAAGAAUUGGAAGCCCAUGCCCUCAAACCAGCAGACAAAGAUGACCCUUUGCACAGGACCGGCAGGCCUUUUGGGGGGCUGGUGAGGGACAUAAAACGGCGAUACCCCAAGUACCUCAGUGACAUCAAGGAUGCCCUCAAUGCCCAGUGUUUGGCUGCAGUCAUCUUCAUCUACUUUGCAGCUCUUUCUCCUGCCAUUACCUUUGGAGGACUUCUGGGUGAGAAGACUAAAAACAUGAUGGGAGUAUCUGAGCUCCUGCUGUCUACGGCAGUUCAGGGCGUACUCUUCUGCUUACUUGGAGCUCAGCCUUUGCUUGUGGUUGGGUUUUCUGGCCCCCUUUUGGUCUUUGAAGAAGCCUUUUAUCAGUUUUGUGACAGUAACAACUACGAGUACAUUGUUGGGAGAGUCUGGAUCGGCUUUUGGCUUAUCAUCUUAGUGGUGGUGGUGGUAGCUUUUGAGGGCAGCUUCCUGGUCCGCUUCAUCUCCCGUUACACCCAGGAGAUCUUCUCCUUCCUCAUCUCCCUCAUCUUCAUCUAUGAGACAUUCUCCAAACUGUUCAAGAUCUUUGAGACGAACCCUCUGAAGAAAGAAUACCAAAACAGCACUAUAUUUAUAAAUGGGGAGCCAAAGGCAUCUCAACCCAAUACCGCCCUGCUCUCCCUUGUACUCAUGGCAGGAACAUUUUUCAUUGCUUUCUUCUUGCGCAAGUUCAAGAACAGCAGUUUUUUUCCUGGCAAGCUUCGGCGUGUGAUAGGUGACUUUGGUGUCCCUAUUGCCAUCUUUAUCAUGGCAUUAAUAGACAACUUUAUUGAGGAUACCUACACUCAGAAACUGAAAGUUCCAAAAGGCCUUGAGGUCUCCAAUCCAAUGAACCGGGGAUGGUUUAUUUAUCCAUUGGGAACGGAUGACAGUUUCCCUAUCUGGAUGAUGUUUGCUUCAGCUUUACCAGCUCUCUUGGUUUUCAUUCUCAUCUUCUUGGAGUCACAGAUUACUACGCUGAUAGUGAGCAAACCUGAAAGGAAGCUGGUGAAGGGUUCAGGUUUCCAUCUAGACCUGCUUCUAAUUGUCGGCAUGGGGGGUAUAGCAGCCCUUUUUGGCAUGCCCUGGCUCAGUGCUACUACAGUGAGGACUGUCACACAUGCUAAUGCCCUGACAGUGAUGUCCAAGUCUACUGGAGCAGGGGAGAAGGUCUCCGUGCAGGAGGUGAAGGAGCAGAGGAUCACUGGCUUGCUGGUGGCCGUUCUUGUAGGCCUCUCCAUCCUGAUGGAACCCAUCUUGAAGUUAAUUCCACUUGCAGUGCUUUUUGGUAUCUUCCUUUAUAUGGGGGUGACAUCCCUCAAUGGGAUCCAGCUGUAUGACCGCAUCCUUCUUAUGCUGAAGCCCCCCAAAUACCACCCGGAUGAGCCUUAUGUUAGAAAAGUAAAGACCUGGCGCAUGCAUGCCUUCACUGUCAUCCAGAUUGGGUGUCUGGUCUCGCUGUGGGCAGUGAAAUCCAGUCCAGCCUCCCUCGCCUUGCCUUUCCUCCUCAUCCUGACGGUGCCUCUCCGACGCUUCCUGCUCCCACUUAUCUUCAGUGACAUCGAACUCAAAUGUUUGGAUGCUGAUGAUGCUGAGGUGACUUUUGAUGAGACAGAAGGCCAGGAUGUUUAUGAUGAAAUCCAGAUGCCUGUUUGAGCACCCAUCGUGCUGAAUCCUUCAGACAGAUAAGAAACCAAGAACCCUUCCUAAAACAAUUGGACAAAAACUGAAUCUGGAAGAACAUUUCCCCAUAUCUAUAUGAAUCAGAGUGUACAGAAGCUGCACAGUGGUAAACAUCCCAUAAGUGUAAAUCAACACAUAGAUUCCAUAGGAUUUAUAUAAUAUAUACUUUAGAUCUUUCAGUCACCAUAGUUCUGUAGUGAAAUGUUAACAAAGAUGUGGAAAAUAGACUUAUUUUUCCCAGAGGGACUACAAGGACAUGGAAAAUGCAUACAUGGACUCUAUUUUUAAUGUUGCCGGUAUCCCCACUGCUUCCCUUCCGUGUGUGUGUGUGUGUGUGUGUGUGCACGCAUGCAUAUGUGUGCAUGUAUGCAAGUGUGUAAAACUUUAUCAGCUGUGCACAGAAGGCCCCACCAACAUUUUUCCUAAGGCAGGGAGUGCUUCUAUCAGUCACUAGUAUCAAUGCACGCCAAUGCAUGCCCAUUUAAUUUUUUGGAAAGCAAUGCUGAAAAUCUAACCCUGUUCUCAGAGUUGAUGGAACAACUAAUGCUGGAAUGGACCAAAUGAAUGACUGAAGCUGAGAAUAACUAGCAGACUGACAUGAUAUUCCUUGGACAUGUGAUUGAUUGGGUUAGAAAAGGUUUGAAGAAAUAAAUAAAACACAAAACAAAGACAAAAGAAUUAGCUGGUAGAGCUCAAAGCGCUGUCUUAGCAAAGGAAACAAACACCAACCAUCACCUCAGAUCAGAAACAUGAUACAGAGAUGGCAGAACCACCUACAUAUGAGGAAGGAUCAAGACUGCUCCUAGAGUGAGAAUGCUGUUAGGUUAACAAAACCUGGGGAGAUGCACAUCACGAGAAGAUGGGCAUCUUCUUUUCUGAAGCCAAAUUUCAUUUUCUGUGAGAUCACCUCAGCUUUCCCACUGGGACCAAGCUGUGAUGAUACUAAGGCUGAGGGCCUCAUCCAGAAGAAAUGUCCUUGCCUAGUGCUGCUCUGCCUCACUCCCUUCCAUUGCCUGUUGGCAUUUGCAGUCAAGUAAGUGGUUGUUUCUUCCAUCUCCCUGUGAGCUACUACACUCUGGCUGGUUUCUCUUAAUGUAAAUUAGCUACAACAAAUGAGCUUGUAUCCUAGAUUACAAAACAUAACAAAACAGAAUUGUGUAUUUUAAAGUGCAGACACAGAAUCUGUUCUCUAGUGCAAAUUAGCAUCCUGAGACUUAGCUUUCAGUUAAAGGAUAAUAUUUCUAGUUCUUAUAGUGCAAGGAAAGCUUGCAAAUAUUUCCAACAUGUCCCUACUUUUCUCUCUGCCUCCCCAAACGUUUCCUCCUUGCACAUCAACAGAUUCCAAAGUAUUUGAAAACCUGUGUCAGAGAAGCGAAGCUGAGCAGAUACCUGCAAACAGACUUAAUUUAUGUAAUAUAUUCUUAUUGCAGAAUAUGGAUUUUAUUUUUCCAGAUUAUACCCAUAGCUCUAUUAAUAACUCUCAUAUGCACUAGUCCAGCAAACAAAUGUGGUAAAAGUUCUAUGGUUCUGGUGCUCAAAGGUGUGCUGGGAGUGGGAUGGAGGAAGCACAUUCAGGAACUUUAAUGAUACAUCCUCUGCCUUAUUUCACAGGGUUCCAAAUCUCCUCCCCACUCCUCGCAAACUCUGUGCACUAGGUGCUGCCAGCAAUUCUAAAUCAGGCUGUGUGUCCUCUCACUAACCUUCAUUUGGCUCCUACCAGCCCCAGCUACCCCACUUAAUCCAGAAUCUCCGGCAACCAGCCUCCUCCCUCUGAGCUAAUACAUGUGAUGUCUGUUGAAAGUUUCCAUAGCUUUUUGCACUGAGCUCUGAAAAUCCUAACCUCUCCCCUGAUUUCUUCUUGGGACGGCAGAAGGAGUAAUUCUGAAAAUAGGCACAAUGUCAUACACUCAGUUUAAUAAUGCUGGUCCCCUCUACUACGUUAGUAUGUUUGAAAACUCCUGUAGUGAUGAAUAUGAAUCAAAUACUACUAAUAGUGAUUGCAGCAAUAAAAUAUUAGUCAAACUUCCUAAAAGUUAUUUCUUAAAGUAGUGGUUAUUUCCUAAAAAUAAGGGUGCUAAAGCCCAAACUUCCCUUUAAUUUGGCAGUCCCCAUUUUCUAAUGCUAGUUAUGUGUAGGCUGCUAUGGUGAUUCACUAUUAGUGAAAAGCAUACAUACCUAGAGGUGCUCUCUCUUUCUUACUUCACAUAAUUCAGGAUUGAGCCCUGGCUCAAACUAAGGGCUGCUUAGCACAAAUCUGAAUAGCAGAAAAAUUGGGGUAGGGGAGAGAACAGUAAUAUUUCUUCAUACAAUGCAUGAUCAACUUAUGGAACUUAUUGACACAAACUGUGAUGACGGACACUAAUGCUGAUAGCUUUUUAAAAAGGAUUUGAUAAAUUAAAAAACAAUAGCUCUAGUAGUGGAUGUCAGCCAUGACAACUAAAUGGAACCUCCACCUCGAUUUAUCAGGUGAUAAGAACAAAUUACAGCAUUGGCGUAUUUCUCUGAUUCCCUAUAUGUGAAGUUUCUGGAAAUAUGCACUUGGCUAGUGUUAAGAGACAAAAACUAGACUAGAUGGACACUUGGCCUUCUCCAACAUAGAUGUUCAUGUUUUUGUAUUAAUGGAUGAAAAAGUGAGGGGGGGGGGCAAACUUAAAAAGUGAGGGGGGGAUUCAAACUUAAUCUUUGAACAAAAUGAUCAGUUGCUCUGAUUGAUUGAUUUUGGGACUGGACUUUCACCUUGAUGGAAUUUACCACCAUGACCCCAGUCUGUGAUGGCUGAGGGUCAAUAUCUAUCUUACAUUCAUUAAAGUCAUAAACUCUAAAGGUUGGUGUAAUCUUAUCCUGCACUAACCCUGCUGUAAUUAGGGCUGCCAUUUAGUGGUGGGGGUUCUAAAAGGGCUCCUUUAUCUUUAACAGCAGCAGGACAGGCAAAAGCAUGGUAUGACAGUGAUUGGACAAGGUUUGUUUGGUGAUAUUUUCUGCCAGUUAUUUAGGUGCUAAAGACACUGGAGCUCUUCUAGGAAAAAGCUGGCAUCCCUAGUUGUAAGUAAUGAUGUAUACAUUUUAAGUUAGUGAUAAUGGGCUUUUGUAAUUUAUUAAAAUUCAUAUUUAAUAUUUUAA